UAGGACCCGUGGACGGACGUCAGCUGUCUCUCUUUAUCUCCGAAGACAUCGGAGGAGCGUGGCGAUGUGUACCACCGUCCAAUCCAUCGAGUGGACCACUGACUGCAAGAACCAGAAGUUUGAUGGCGUUGUCCUGGUGACCCAGAGCUAUGAAACACUGCCCAUUGAGCUGGAGAGUCUCAAAGCACCUCUACAGGACUACAGCUCAGUGGACAAUGGCCUGGGGGAGGAGGUGGUGGUCCUAAAGGUCCCUGGUCUCCCUGGCAACCGACUGGUGUAUGCCUCCACUGGCCCGGUGAAUCGUGACUAUGACGAUGUCAGGCGUUUCAGUGAUGCUGCUGUAAAUGGCGUUAAUCGGGCCUUGAAAGCGGGUAUGCAGCGCCCCUUGCUCAUCUGCCCGUCUCACAGCAACUAUGAGAAGAACACCCUGGUGGCCGCCCUGGGUGCCCUUCAAGCUCUCUACAUGCCAAUUGAAGUUAGGGAGGCCAAGGUGAAACCCACUCAAUACAAGGUGUGCGUUCUUGGGCUGUGGGUACCACAUGAGCCCCUGGGACAGAGAUUGGUGGAUAUGGCGAGUGCUCUGGAGAGUGGCAGGCUGGUGUGCCGUGAUAUUGGUGGUUCAGAUCCUGAGCGUAUGGCUGCCCCCCGCGUGGCUGAGUAUGUGCAAAACCUCUUCAGAGACAGCCUUGUGCAGGUGGAAGUUUUGAGUGAUGUGAAGGCCCUGGAGCGCGAGUACCCCUGCCUGGCUGCAGUCAACCGCUGUGCCAACACUAUACCUCGCCACCAAGGAAGAGUCAUCAAGCUCCAGUACUGUGGGGAGGGACCCAUUCAAACCACUCUGAUGCUGGUUGGGAAGGGUAUCACUUACGACACUGGUGGAGCAGACAUCAAGGCUGGAGGCGUCAUGGCUGGAAUGCACAGGGACAAAUGUGGAGCUGCUGCCGUUGCCGGCUUCUUCCAGAUUCUAGCCAAGUUGAAGCCAAGCCACCUAAAAGUUGUUGGCUCUAUGGCAAUGGUGAGGAACAGUGUGGGGGCAGACUGCUAUGUUGCCGAUGAGCUGGUGGUGUCCCGUGCGGGUCGCAGGGUGAGGGUGGGAAACACUGAUGCUGAGGGCCGUAUGGUUAUGGUGGACCUGCUCUGUGAGAUGAAGGAGAAGGCAGUAGAAGAGGUUUCCCCCCAGCUGUUUACUAUUGCUACACUGACUGGCCAUGCUAUCAGAGCCAUGGGACCCAACUACUCCAUUAUCAUGGAUAAUGGACCGGCCCAUAGCACAGGAAACGCCACUCAGUGGCAGAAAGCUGGCGAGGUGUUGGGGGACAUGUUUGAGAUUUCCAGUAUUAGGCGUGAGGACUACGAGUUCCAUAAGGGGAAGUCUGAGUACGAGGACAUUCUUCAGUGCAACAACCUGCCAUCCACUGCCACUCCUCGAGGACAUCAGACCCCAGCAGCUUUCCUUAUCAUGGCCUCGGGGCUCGACAAGCAUGGUGUGGAUUCUGACAAGCCCCUGCCAUACUCCCAUGUUGACAUUGCUGGGUCCAGUGGUCCUUUCCCCGGUGUGCCAACAGGAGCCCCUAUCCUUGCCAUGGCAACAAACUACAUCCUAUCUAAUGCUCACUAAGGAGGCAUGCACUUCCUAUCUCUGUCUCCUCUCUAUUAUACAAUCACUAUCAUUAUACAACUUGUUUAAAUAGAAUGGCUCCUGCACUAUACUGUGCUUAUACCCCAACACCAAUUGCACAGCUGUCCAACUAGUAGAGAUGACAUCAUGAUCAACACAUGCAGUGCAAAGUUUGCAGCAUUUUAACUCUACAUUCCCUAAUGCCCCAGAUCAACAAUAUUAUUUGAGAAUGUUGUCUAAGUUUUGUUUUUUCCAAGAUUGGUAAUAUCCGUCCCAUCCAUACCAGGCAUCAAGAGUCCUUAUCCUGAAACUUGAGUGGCCUGUAUAUUUACUCAGGGUCAAUUAGAAGAAAUGCCAUCCUUUUUUGUGACAAAAUGGUGUGUGUCAGACAGAUCAAGCACGGUAAUAAAUAAAAGAUGUUUGCAAAGUCCGGUGUUCUCUCAGUC